UUUUUUUUAACAAGUAGGUUUGUUUUGAAAUACGAAAAGGAUAUUUUAAAGUUCUAAAAUAGUGCGUUCUACAUGUUUAGGAAGUUAUUACACUAAAUAUUUCGAUUUUACUUUUUAAAACAUUUUCUUAUUUCUAAUAUUCAAUACGAAAUAAAAUGGUGAACAUACAACGAGAGCAAAGAAACACAUAGAGAAUUCUGCGGAGAUUUCUUCAACAGCAUGAUAUCACAGCAAGAUUGUAAAGUUGAAAAAUUAAUAUGUGAAAAAAUGGGGAUCUAAUUGUAUUUAAAAAGUAUUUAAAAGUAAUUUAUAUUACAUUUUGCGCAGUUAAUGCAAAUUUUAUUUAAAUUAUCCGCCAAGUAUAUUGUUGCUUCUUCUUUGCAAGAUGUCGUUCUUAUCUAAGAGAAAAUAUUCGUUGGAAGUUUCAAUCUGUAUUGUAUGACGUGGCUCACAAAACAGUACAGUUUUCAAGACUCCGUGCCUAGCGAUGGAGAUGUAUUUUCGGUAAAAUAACUAUUGUGCUCACAACGAAAUGUGUUUUUGAAAGCGUGUGAAGAAAGUGUUAUGAUCAAUCUAAUUUUAAGAACUUUCUAUGAUUGAUAUAUGUUCUGGGUCUUUUCACAUGUACAACUAUGAAUCGGGUCUCGGUGCGCGCAUCAGCAACACCGAGCUCUCCAAAUCCGGGGGAGUAGCGCCACUCGCGGGAAUAGCCCACCAGCGGAGCGGUACUCGCUCUGCCCGUUUCGUGCGCCAACGAAAUAUCUUCCACUAGACUGAAAUCUUCUUCGGGCACCGAAUCUAAAAAAUCUCCACUGGCAUGGAGCUAGGAGCACACUGAUAGUGAUAGUCUACAAGAUCUUGGUUUCUAUGCAUUGCCUGCCAAAGAAGAACUGAGCCCAAUGUUUCCACACAAUUCUAGUUCACAUGAGAUUUCUACAGAAACAAAUGCCUUCGUACAAAAUUCCAUGGGGGAUGUAGUAGUAUUAGGGAAAAGCAGUCCGAUAAGGGUUGGGGAGGGAAGAGAAUCAGAGAAUGAUAGGUACUGUGAUAUCGAGUUCAUAAACAACAUGAUGGCCAAACCUAAUAGCCAUCGCGAAAAUACCGCCGCCAAUGACUUUUUAACCGUCCUGUCGAACCAAACUGGCAAGUUUAUCUUGACCAGUCGAAGCUCGACCUGCCAGUCAGUGGCGUCGUCAACCACAAAACACCCAACAAAAAAUCAUCUUCUAACUAGCUUUAGCGUACUAAACAUUAGGGUACUAAGUAUAAGCGUAAAUCUAAGAUUAACAGGAGAUAAGUGCGCAAUCGAUGAAGGGGUACCUAGCCUAGUUAGGAUACCCAAGUCUGAUCGCCCCUCGUCAGGCCACUUUUCUCUCGACUCUCUUGACAAUUACUCCUUACUAGGAUCCUGCCUUCAUCCGGGCAAAUACAAUAAUAUUAAGUCUAAUUCUAGCCUCCUAAGUAAUAAUAACGAUAACUACAAGUCUGUGAUAUUGCUCAGCUCAACCAGUAACCAUUAUUUCCUCCGCGUUGAAAUGGACGGUGGUGCGAUUGCAAUGAGACUAAGAACCUCAAAAAUAUUAAUUUUGAACUUAAAAGAAAAGACGGUGGAGAUGUUGUCCUGGGUAAUUAAUGGUAUUAGUGACGUGGCAACAAUUACUGUUGGUGCUCUUUCAUUUCAGGAUAAUGUUAAGUCUAACGAGCCUUCGGGCACUUAUUUCGCGAGCUAUAGGUACUCAGGGUCGUAUACGCGUCUUGGCCCUGAGUUUGUUAAGUCUCUUUCUAAGUCUACUAUAGGGGAUAGGUUUAGGGUUAAGGGGGAGAACCAAGACGAGUUCGCUCUCUACAUUCCUACUAUGACUACCUGCAAGCCUACGAUGACGCUUACACGCCAAUCUGCAUCCCGAAUAAUCGGUGUACCUGGAUCUCGGCCGAACUACUUCGAGAUAUUAUGGCCCGACCAAAUGCACACUCCUCACAAAUUUUAUGGCAGUUUAUCAAACUGUUUAACGGAAUAUCACAAUGAUUCUCUUCCAGAAGGAAAAGAAAAAGAAAAUAAUUCUUCGAAAUGUUUCGGUAAUUUUAACGAACAAAUACAAUACCGAAACAUUGGUGAAAAUACGAUUAACGAUAACGAACUAAAAAGGAUCAGAUCUCAAACUGCUGUCUAUUUCAAUGACGAGCAUUAUACUCAGACAGGAGUAUUCUGUUUUUGCGGUUUUGAGAGAAACUACGAUUGCCAAAAUUCGCACGAGUUGAUAGAAAGAAAUGUUUCUAUUAGUUUGUCGUGCUCUAGUUUACUUAAACGAACGAAGCUAAAGUAUCAAGCUUUCACUGGUGUGAUCGAUGGAAGAUAUUCUUCAGAAAAUCUCUGUGAUUUAUACCAAUCUAGAGAGACGUUAUUCAAAGUACUCCAAGCUAUCGGAUUUAAUGUUGAGAACAUUUUCACAGAAAGUCUGGUAAAUUCUAAGCAAUUCAGUCUGACCAGUUCGACGUGUCAAACUGCCCAGUUCAUUGACAGUGAGAAUUCUAAUGAAGCAAUGAAGACCGAUGCCAUUGCAGUAAACUUACAUAAUUGCAAUCAGUUUAAAAAAUAUAAAGCUGCUGCUCCUGGUUCAAAAGAUAAACGAACCACAAAUGGAAAUUUAACUGUUUCUACGCCAGUGGAAGAAAUAUCCUCUAGAAAUUAUCCAAUUUCUAGUUUCUCGGGGAGAAAGGAAGUCGAUAACGCAAAUGGCGCGAGUCGAACUUAUCUUAUUCAUUGUGCAAGGAAUCUCAUAGCAGCGUCCAUUGGAGUUUCCAAAGACAUCUUACAAGCUUACAGAACUGAUCUUAAGCACGUGUUAACGCUCCUGUUUGGACAGAUUUGCGAUCUUGAUGAAUUCAAUUUGGGGUACAAGAAAAGGUGGGGAAUUCCUGGCAUUUUGAGAUUGGCUGGCGGGGGUGAAAAUUCAUUGAAUAGCGGUGGAACUACAAAUUGGGGCUCUACACAAACUAGUACUACAAAUAACAACAACAACAAUCAAUCGGGUUGGGGAGGAAACUCUGGGAAUCCUUCCGGAAGUAGCGGAGCACCUGGUAAUUGGACUGGAAACAGUGUAAACAGGUCCGUUGCUGGAAAUCCAAAUUCAAAUCAAAAUCAAGGACCUCCAGGUGGACAAAAUGUCCCAGGUAACGUGAAUAAAGUGAGCAAUCCAAAUCAACAAUCAAAUCAACAAUCAGGUCCACCCACUUCUCAAUCAAGUGGCACAAGUCAGGGUGGUCAAAACAGCAACCAAUGGUCACAGGGAAAAUCUAAUAAUCCUGGAGGAUCAAGUCAGAACUCUUCUGUUCAAAAUAAUAAUACUUCAGCCCAACAACAGCAACAACAGCAGCAACAGUCGAAUUCCAGUAACAAUAAUAAUCAGUCAAACAAUCAGGCUCAGGGAUCUGUUAACAGUAGUAAUACACCUGCAAACAAUAAUCCUUCAACAAAGCAACAAUUAGAACAGUUAAAUACAGUGAGGGAAGCACUUUUUAGUCAAGAUGGUUGGGGUUGUCAGAAUGUGAAUCAGGACACAAACUGGGAUGUCCCGACAUCUCCAGAACCUAGUAUGUCAAAAGAUGGAGUUCCAAUGUGGAAGACACCAGUAAACAAUGGCACAGAUUUAUGGGAAGCUAAUCUCAGAAAUGGUGGUCAACCUCCACCUCAGCAACAAGCUAAAACACCUUGGGGUCAUACACCAGCAACAAACAUUGGUGGAACUUGGGGUGAAGAUGAUGAAGCUGCAGAUACAUCUAAUAUGUGGACUGGUGCCCCCACAUCUUCCCAACCAAAUUCUGCAGCUGGCCAAUGGACGACAGGUACCAGUAACCAAACUGGUAUGUGGGGAGGAUCCAACUGGGGUGAUCCAAGGAUCGAUCAUCGAGAUCCUAGAGAUCUCCGUUCUGUUGAUCCUAGAGAGAUGCGAGAUCCCCGUGACCACAGAAUGUCUUUGGAUCCUCGAGAACACAUACGUGUCAUGGAUCCAAUGGCUCGUGAUCCUAGGAUGGCAGACAUGCGUGGGGAUCCCCGUGGGAUUUCUGGAAGGUUAAACGGUGCCAAUGCGGAUGCAAUGUGGGGUCAACCACCAGGUCCUCCACAUCACCAAAUGGGACAUCAACAUCCUUCAGGCCCUCCAACAAAGAUGUUAAAUCCUUCCAAUAUAAAUCAGUGGGCUGCACCACCACCAAAGGAUAUUAUGCCAGGGAAACCAUCAGGUUGGGAAGAGCCUUCUCCACCAACGCAAAGAAGAAAUGUCCCAAACUAUGACGAUGGCACAAGUUUAUGGGGAAAUCCUGCAGUUAAUCAAAGGACCAUACCUGGUAGUAAGGUUUCUCAUUGGAAGGAUCUCCCAACGCCAAAUAUAGGGAGAGGAGGAAUGCAAUGUCCUCCGGGCAUGCCACAGAAUAGAAUGCCAGCUCAACCUGGAAUGAAACCAGAUGUUAGUGGACCAAUGUGGGGACAUCCUGGUGCUGCUGGUGGACGAAAUGGUAGUUGGGCUGAAGGACCACAUGAUACAGGUUCAUGGGAUGAUCCAAAAACACCAAGUACCUGGAACGAAGCUCAAUUAAAUCCUGGCACUUGGGGUGGACCCAGUGCGCACAAACCUAAACCAAUGGGACCCACUGGAAGCUGGGCUGAUACUGAUAUGGAUCCUACUCCUAGUUGGGGUCAUCCUACGAAACCAACUCUUACAAAGGAAGUUAUAUGGAAUAGCAGGGAAUUUAGAUAUCUUUGUGACAUGGGAUACAAAAAAGAGGAUGUUGAAUUGGCAUUGAGAACUCGUGAAAUGAAUAGAGAGGAAGCUUUGGAACUUCUGAGUCAAGUGCGGCCUUUAGACCAAUGGAGAAGACAUGACGCACACUCCACUUAUGAUCCGACAAAUCAAGCUACAACUGCGCCAGCAUAUCCUAGAUUUAAUCACGUCGCACAGCAAAUGUCUUUUCCUCCGGGUGCUGGAGUGCCAAGUGGAAAUGCAACUGGUAGUGUGGGAGGAUCGGUUGCUAGUGCAAGUUUAUUGAAAUUACAACAACAACAGCAACAAACUGCUGUUCCAUUACAACAACAACAACCUAGUAGUAAUGCACCUCAACCACCUUUCAAUCAGGUAAAUGUUGCUUCCAGAGCUCCUCAGAAUCAACCCAGUACUCAACAACUGCGUAUGUUAGUACAACAGAUUCAGCUAGCCGUCCAGGAAGGUUACUUAAACCAUCAAAUUUUAAAUCAACCACUUGCACCUCAAACUCUAAUACUUUUGAACCAACUAUUACAACAAAUCAAAGUCUUACAACAGCUUCAUCAACAACAUUCUGUGCAAAGUACAAUGAAGGGCAAUGGCCAAUCUGUUCUUCAGAUCAGUGUACAAAUUACAAAAACAAAACAGCAAAUAGCAAACCUUCAAAACCAAAUUGCUGUGCAACAAGCUACUUACAUGAAGCAACAACAACAACAGCAGCAGCAGCAGCAACAGCAGCAACAACACCCUGUGCCACCAUCUCAAAGCUCAGAAUACUAUAAGAGCUCAGUACAUGAUCCUAUGUCAGCUUUGCAAAAUAGUUUCACAGAUUUGACAAUGAAUAAGGAACCUCCUGUUAGUCAGCAACAGUCAAGACUGAAUCAGUGGAAGUUACCUUCUUUGGACAAGGAUGGAGAGUUAGUUACGAACGAGUUCUCGAGAGCACCAGGAACAACCAGUAAGCCAGCAGCUACACCGGCUGGUUUAACACGAUCACACAGUAGUCCUAACAUGAAUCCUUUGUUGGGUCAAGGAGAUGGUACAUGGUCCACCAGACUUGGAGAGAGUGGAUGGCCAGACCCAGGUAACUCGGAUUCCACUGAUGGAAAGGAUUGGCAGCCAACUGGUGCAGCUGCUGGUGCUGCUGCUUUCACCGAUCUUGUACCUGAAUUUGAACCUGGCAAGCCAUGGAAGGGUACCCAGAUGAAGAGCAUCGAGGAUGAUCCAAGCAUUACUCCAGGCUCUAUCGUUCGUUCACCGCUUUCUUUAGCAACGAUCAAAGAUCCAGAUGCCAUUUUUUCUUCAAGUAGUAAGACUUCGCCGCCACCACAACAACCUACCAAUCCUGAUACAUCAAUACCAAGUUUAAGUAAUUCUACUUGGACGUUCAAUCCACCUGCUACUACUCCAAACGCAUUUACUAGUUCGAAGAACACUUGGGGUGAAUCUGCUCCACCGCCGACUGCGGUUACUUCAGAGCUCUGGGGAGCACCAAUGAGUAAGGUUCGUGGCCCUCCACCAGGCUUGAGCAGCAAAUCUACGGGAAAUACGAGCAAUGGCUGGGCAGGUUUUGGCACCGUCAGCAGAUCCAGUUCAUGGGGCUUUCAAUCCAGCACAAAUGCUGCCUGGGUUUCUACCUGGUUACUACUUAAGAAUCUGACGCCUCAAAUCGAUGGUUCUACUUUGAAAACCCUCUGCAUGCAACACGGUCCUGUUCAAGACUUCCGAUUAUACCUUAAUCAUGGAAUUGCUUUAACCAAAUAUUCAUCAAGAGAUGAGGCUAUUAAGGCACAAGGUGCUCUGAACAAUUGCGUCCUGGGCAACACAACAAUUUUCGCAGAAUCUCCAGCCGAUACCGAGGUGCACAGUUUGUUGCAACAACUUAGUCAUGGAGGUCAACAACAAGCUGGAGCUACUACAGGAGCAGGUUGGGGCUUGCGACCAUCGAACAAAACUGGUCCACCACCAGACACAUGGGGCGGUAGUUCCAGCCAAUUAUGGGGCGCUCCACCGAGUAGCAAUUCUCUUUGGAGCAGCGCUGGCAUCGACAGCAAUGAUCAACAACGUGCUACGCCCAGUUCUCUGAACUCGUACUUACCCGGAGACCUUCUGGGAGGUGAGUCGAUGUAGAGUGCCGCACGGAGGAGCGGUAUCACUCGUGCGACGACCAAGCCUUCUACUUCACGAUACGUCAAUUAUAUUCCGCAUUGUCAGAUGGGCCGGUUCUCGCGAUGAAGUUACUUAAAUCAGUGCCGCGUAUAAUUUCGGCAGCAACAAGGAUCUGAUUUGAUUUUUGCAACAGAAGAUUUUUCAAUUUGGGAUUCGGGGAUAAAGGGGGCAAGGGAGGGUAUAUCAUGAAUUUCAAGGCUUUUGGCGUGCGCCGUGCUUUAUUAAUUGUUUGGUGUAAUGCCGACUAUAUUUAAUAAUAGGCACGAGAGAAUGCUGUUAUUCUAUCGCGCGUACUACACAUUAAGUACGUACGUACGACGUAAUACUAAAUUAGUAUUGACGUUUCGAUAUUGCUUCUGUCGCAGUUCAUUUUGGUAUUCUGGUAUUUUGAUAUCUUAAAAUAAUAUUAAUUUCAUCUGAUAUAAUAUGCGCGUAUGUGUAUACAUAGUGCGCACCCAUCUCUAAUAGGCACGUUUUUCAUGAUCUUUCAAUUACUGAAUUAGUAUUCUUCCCAUUCAGGUUGUGUUCUCAUUAACGUUUUAAUCGAAUAUCAUUCAGAACAAUAUAUAUUAAUAUGUUGAAGGUAUUUAAUUUGAUCUUUGUUAUGCUACAUUCUUCGAUGUUUUAAUAUUUUCAAUAUUGCGUACAUGGUCCAUGUAUUCAUUGCAUUAUGAAUGCAUAAACUAUACGAUACAGAAAAAAUGUUUAUGAAUAUAAAUUAUAUUGCUCUCAUAUUUUUUCAUAUUUGAGUAUAGCAAUAAUUUAUAUUUCAUUUUUUUUCAAUAUCGACUCAUGUUACAAGUUUAUUUUGAUCAAAAUAAUUUAUAACUUGCGAACGGUGCGCACCAAUAUAUCGUAUAUUAAAACAUCGUUGUGUAGGUAAUUUUAUGAAAAAUAGUAUAAAUUCUAGCUUCUGUUACAUAUUUUGAGGAUCGGAGCACAGAAAACAGUAGGAAAGUUAAAAGGGUACGCGCAUACACCGCAGCCAUUAGCUUUGAAAAAAAUGAUACAUUGGCUACUUCUAGAUAAUGGCAUCGCCAACACUUUCUUAAGGAUGCGCGUGUAAGAAAGUAAAUUAUGAUCAAUGGUCUCACGAGUGUUCCACUUUUUUGCUCUGAACAGUUUCCUCUAAUCGAGACUGCCAUGCGUAUCAAACGUAGACUGUACCAAUCUAAUCAAAACAAAAACAAGCAGAAAGAAUGAAUAAGAUAUGAAUGAAAAGAAAAAAUAUAGAAAAAAAGAAAAAAAAAGGGAGGAGGAACGUUACCUCUUAAAGAAAUUAAUAAGCGAGGAUCCACGUCGAUGCUUUGGGCUAUACAUACCUCUUCCAUUAGCAACGGUGAUAUAGAAUCGAAUUUUUAGUGAAUUUUUCCUUCACAUGGCAACAAUUAUCAAUAAAGAAAAUUUGGUUAUUGUUGCCACAAAAUUAACGAUAGUAAUACGAUUAGUGAUUUGCUUUUAUUUAUAUAUUGUUAUUCUAACGAGCAAGUCGAGAAUAUAUGAAUAAUAUUGUAAUAAAAGUUUGAUUAUAAAAAAUUUGAAUCAAUAGCUUCAAUAGCUAAGAAUUGUAUUGGCAGAUAUCGUGAUCUUCUAUGAGAUAUUCGGAGAUCGUUAUUUUAGCUAAAAAUCGAUUCUCUAUCGUAAAACGCCCACAAACUUUUAAUGGGAUGAUAAAUCGGGGUCCGAGUUCUUGCGACGACAACAAAAACGAUACCAAAUGUUAUCGCAAUAACGUAAAUUUUAUUCUACAUAUAUUAAAUUUAAAUGCCACCCGUCGUGCCAAUGUCCAGCGUGUCUCUUUACCAUUUACUAAUUAUAGAGUUAUAACGAAUAUGGUAAUUCGAUGUUUUUCUCUAGCUAUCUUUGUCUGUUGUCUGCCUAUCUGUGUGUGUCUUUGUCUUUCUCUCUUCUCUUUCUCACUCCCCUCUGCAAAAUGAACGAUACUGAGGAGAAGAAUAUGCCACUUCCCAUUGGUUAAUAUUAAGAAACAAAAAGGAAAAGCAUUUAAGAAAGCUGAAAUCCUAAUUAAAGUUUUCAGAAUGACUUCGAAUUUUCGAGUGAAUGGUAUUUCCAAUUAUACAGUGACGCAAAAUUUCUAUUUUAAAAAUCUUGAGUUCUUCUCUUACUAUCUAUCUAUAGUUUUAUCUAUAGAAUCUAUAGUUGGUAACUUGACAAUCUGAGACAAUUUUUCAAUGAUAAUCUUACUACACUGUCUCAAUACCUUUUUCAGACAGAGAAUAUUAUUCUUCUAUCUAUUUCAGUUUAAAUUCAGCAAACGAUACGGUAGUAUUUAUGCGUGAUUUUUAGUCUAGUAACAUAUUGUGUAAUAUUAGUUCUCUUCCCAGUGUUUAUAUAUAUAUAUAAAAUAGAUGAUAUUUUAAGUGCUAAAUAAUAUUUAAUAACAUCGAUUAAAAGGCGUAGAAAAAUUGUAACAAUAUUAAUCUAUUAUUAAUAGCAUACCUGGUACUUUAUAUUGUACAAAAGAGACUCAUUAAUUGCUCUAUACAUGGGUUAAAUCUACUAUAUAUAUUCUUCAAUUACUUAUACUAAAAAUAUUUUAAGUUCUUUUACACUUUGAAUGAAUGGGCAAUUAGAUAUUGUUUUCGUUGCAUAAAAAAUGAAAUUUUUAAAAUUUGUGUUAUUUUUAUCGGCCCUGAUCAAAUUAUUUUGAGUUAAAUAAUAAUGCUCUCUAUCAUGCUAAUGAUAUUUGCAAACACAAAAAUAAAAUAAUUUAAUUUAGGAUAUGUGGUUAGUGUGGACAUUCUCAGAAAAAUUGUUAUUUAUGGAUUCGAGAUUACCGUGUGCUUAUAUUGCGUACUGCUAGAACGUUGAUGCGCAGAAGAAAUGCGCGAUGCAAUGCGAUUGGAUUAGUCAUGACGCGCAGUCACAAAGGCAGGUUACACGAAUUUUCAUUAUUGACUAGUGUCUUAUUUGACAAAUAUCCAAGUGACAUAUAUUUAAUACGUAUGCAAACUUCAAAACGUUGGUGUAGAAUAGACUUCAUCAAACGAUCUAAAAUACUACUAAUGCCGCCAAGAAUCUAAAUGUUUUGAAAGCAUCAGAGCACGUCAGUUUUCCAGCACCACGUAAUACGUACACUAUAUUUAUAUAUGUCUUUAUUUUUAUAUCGCUCUAUAUUUCGUAAUUAAAUUCAUUGUUAAGCCCUUCAGAUUUCCUCCCAAAGCUGAAGUUUGUAGACAAUAUCGUACUAGUAAAAUGGUAUUAUCAUCUAGAAAAUAAUCGGAGUCAAAUAUCGUUUGAGUAUUGUAGUACAAUGUUAGUACAGUUCCUGGACAUGAUUUAUUUUUAUGACAAAAAUAUUGGAUAUUUAUUAAACGUUUCUUUUAUUAUGAUAGAAUGGAAACUGUGAAGACUUAAAUUUUUAUUUAUAUUCUUUUUUCGCAUUUGACAAGUGGUAGGAUUUCAUUUUUGUAGAUUGAAUUCUCUGUUGGUUUUGUUGAUUGGGAUUAAUUAAAACAUAAAUUGAAAUCGUACAAAUUUCGAAAGGAAAUUUAUCGCAAGCCAGAUGAUUGCGUACAUAGUUUGACAAUUUUGACUUUGCGACUAUGUUAAAAAAGGAUUCACGAAUGAUUUGUAAAUAAAUUACGAAUGACUGAAUGAAAUGGACGCGAAUGACUUAAAUUUUAUUGACUUCACAAAGGAUUACCCAAAAAGUGAAGGAACUGGAACUUUCAUGCGGACACUUCGCAUUUGUGUAACAUUUGAUUGGCUUAUAACUAAAAUGGCGGGCGUUUCCGCCAUUCUCGCUAAAGCUUAAUUUGUUGGACUGUGUUAAUAACUCUGUGCAAUUAAUGAGUCUUACUAUAUUAGAUAUCUGCUUAAACAAACAUCAGAAAGAUGUUGAUUCUGAAAAAAGGAAGGAUAGAACGAGCGUCGUAACAAUUUUCUGUUUAUUCGUUUGUUUGUUACACUUUUAACUUUCCUCUUUAUUACAUAUUCUUUUCUGUUCUUCAAUGUUACAAAUAAUUAUAUAUACAAGGUACAGAAAGAUGUAAAUGUAGUUUAAUUUUUCAGUAUGUACAUAUAUGAUACAAAGAUUGCAUUUAAAUUUGGAAAUAACUUGACCGGGCAUUCGUUUUGCUCGUUUGAAUAUUUUUCGUUGUUCGUGAUCGAGCACGAUCGAUACUUUACUUCGUCACUAUAUAUCUCACACCUAACCAAGAAGUGAAUCUCGAAAAUUCGAUAGAACAAAAACAGACGUUGAUGAAUAUAAUGUUUUGAAGUUCUGAUUGGACCAUUGGGAGGAGGUUCGGUUAAAGGAAGGGGUAAAACUGAGUUCAUUCCCUCUGCCCCUCCGUUGCGUGCGCGCGCACGCGCGUGUCAUGAGAAGUUUAUGCGUGCAUGCCUACGUGUGCAAGGGAAUGUGAUUGCGCGCGCGCGCGCGCGCGAAUGAGCGAGCGAGCGAGCGCGCAUGUGUGUAUGUGUAUGUUUUCAACGUCAAAGGUACCUGAAUGGACUGAUAACCAUACCGAUGGGAAAAAGAGUGUUUAGUAUUCAUUGCACAAUAUUUUCUUUCCAACAUUCUGAUAUAUCUCUGAAAUAUAUAUCCAACGCCCUCAGAUCUUCUCGGUCUUAUUCAGCCGCGAGACUAAAGAAAAAGUUCUUUUCUCUUUUUUUCUCUCGAGUCUGCUGUUACAAGCAGAUCCAUAGAUCUUGCCGUGAACAUACGCAUAACGUGUGUACCUACAUAAAGGUUUAAAGGUCAAUCUCUCUCAAGUGCCGAUGCAUUUCAAAUAAUUAACGUGAGAUUUUCUUGAUCUUCUGGGAUUUGAUUAUUUUUCAUGACUUUUUAGCAUUUUGCGUGUUAGAGAUAUUUAAGUCAUUCUGUGUGUUCUAAGUUUUAUUGAUAUAUAUAUAUAUAUACAUAUAUAUGCAUAACGAGUAUUCCUCAAAGGUUAAUAAAUUCGAGUCAUUAAAAACUAUGAUAAGUAAUCAAACUAUCCGUAGAUCGAUUUCCUAAAUCAGAAGGUUAGGUUUCUCGUAUAAUAAUGAAACAAAUGAAGGGAUCAAAAGGGUCCUAAUAAAUUUAGUUUUGGGACUACCUGAAAUGUUUAAGGGUUUAAUUCAUUAAAAAAGGAAAAAAGAAGAAAAAAUCAAAAAUUCGAGGAAUGGAUACGUUAGAAUUCUAUGAUUAUUCAAAAAAUUAUAAGACUUAAUGAAUUUAUUUGCACACUGUUUAUCGAUAAAGUGUGUAAGUAGGUAGAGAACUACUUAAAAUACAUACAAACAAAUGUCGAGUAGUAUGUUUGGUAAACCAAAGAGGAUCGAUGUUAGGAAAUGUUUGUAAUUAACUACUGACGUUAGGAAUAAAAAGCGAACGUUUUGCGAGUUGAGGUUAGGUAUUAUGGUAGACUAACAUUCAUAAUAUUCGAUCACGAACGAUGAAAUUUUAGUUCGUUUUCCUUUUUUCAUCUUUUAAUCGAAUUUUCUGUUUAAUAUAGCUUUAUUAAGUGAGAUGGACAGUAUUUGGCUUAUAAUUAGUAGAAGAUGUCUUCGUUUUUUUACGAAAAUCUUCGCCAACAUCUGUGUACUACAUAUAUAUUUAACUUUGAUGCAACUAAAAUGGGUGGAAAUUUAUUAAAAUAUAUCUUCUAUGUUCAUUUUAUAAUAUUUUCGAAUACGCUUAUCGAUAUUUCUCUAUUAAAUUAACAUUCACUGUUAAUAUAAGAAUUUUCGCGUAUUAAAUAAAUUAUUAGACAAUUUUUUAAACAAGUUGAUGAAUAGUUGACCCUACAACUUGAAACAUGUAACAUCGCGUAAUCGUCUUAAAAAAAAAGAAAAGGAGAAGAAAGUAAAAAGAUGAAAUUGUUAUUAUCUUAUUCCAACGAAGGUAGUUAACAAUGGAUCUAAAGGUUUUCUUUCUUAUUUUGACAUACUAGAAGGGUGAGAGUGCAUUUUCGUUAGUUGUCUCUUUCUAUUUAUGGUAAUUCAAUCCGAAGACUUACGUUCAGUUUCGCGACUCAGAUUUCACCUAUAUGCUUAACUGAAUACCGUGUGUGUGAUUUCAGGUGAUUCAAUAAUACACGUAUAAUUCACAGAUUUUAUAUCUUAAUGCUUGGAAAAAGCUGCCUCUACGAUUCAUCGAAAUUAGUUGACACUAAGCUUCUAUCCAGAUUACUCAGGUUCCACGGUGGAAUCGCUGAAUUGUAACAACAAUAAUAAUAAAUAAUAAUAAUAGUAGAAGUAGUCGUAGAACUAAAUAGGUACAGUUAGUGGUAGUAGUAGCAGUAGCAGCAAUAGUAGUGGAAUUAAUAGUAGUAACAGUAAUAAUAAUAGUAAUGCUAAAUGAUAAAUAAUAUUUAUAACACUUAAUAACAGCAACAACAAUAGCUAUGAUGAUAAUAAAUAAUGAUGGUUAAAAAAAUGAAAAAAAGAAAAAAAAUAAAGAUAACGCUAGCAAUCGUGUAACAAAUAUAGCAAUCGAAGUGGUAAUAGUAUCAGCGGCAACAAUAGUUUUAACAGCAGUAUUAAAAGAAGUAAGUUGUAAUUUCAACGAGGUUGCAAAUGAAAGGAAUGAUAAUCGUAGUUAUAGCAAUUACAACGAUAGUAGUGGCGCGACAAUGAUAGUAAUAGCGGCAAUAUUGUGUAAUGUGAUAAUAGAGUAAUGAUAAUGUUACCACUAUUAUUAUUACUGCCUUUGCUACUACUACAAUUGACAUCUUUGUAAUCAUGUUAUCGCUGUGUGGAUUAUCAACAUUUUUGCGAUUAUUGUUGCUGCUAUUGCUGCCAUUAAUUUCGUUUAAUUUCUAUUACAACUGUGGCUACUACUAUCGAUUCUAAUCUUAUUUCUCGUUAUAUUUAGCUGCUCUUACGUUUUGCUACUACUAACGCUAGUUACUAUCGCUGUUUCAGCUUCUACUAUUGCCACUCUCUACUGCUUUCUAUGGCAGUAAUACAAUUCUUAUUUCUACUGUUCAGUAUAGUAUAGUAACGCAUCAUUACCAUUAUUGUUACUAUUAUUAUGGUCGUAACUAUUGUUAGUGUUACACACAACUACUAUUACUGAUGAUUAAUAUUAAAAAGUACUAGGAUAACUGUUGGUGCUGUUAAUUUCUGCUAUUAUUAUUAUUAACAUUGCCAUCGUAUUGUCACCAAUCUUUUUGUUACAGUUAUUAAACAUUAUCAUUACUUAUUAUCAUGACGCUGUUACUGUCGUUGCACAGUUAAUAGUAGCAGUAACGAUAAAUCAUACCUAGUGGUGGUGGUGGUGGUACACGAUAUUAAUAAUAGAGAAACGCCUGUCGCAGUAGUCAGGAUACCUUGAACGGAAUAAAAAGUUAAUCACGAUGUAAUAAUAAGGGGUUAAUGAUAAUGCGAUUUAUGUAAUAUAAACAAAAACAUAAUUGUUGCUGAUUAUGAUAUUCAUUAAUCAAUAAUCCGUAAAAACAAUAAUAAUAGAGUGAUGAUCAAGAAGACGAUAAUAACGAUAGUAAUGAAAUAUUAGAGUAUUAAAGUAAUUGCAAUUUAUAUUAGUGGUAGUGAUAUUAACAAGCGGCAGUGGUAAUACUUGCUAAUUAACAAGGAUUAUCAUGACGGCAGCAGUAGUGUAAUGUUCUUAGGAAAGCAGCAGUCAUGUAAGAAUUGCUAGUGAUAAUAUUAAUGGUAACGAAUAAUAGAUAACAUUAUUGAUAAUAUUACGAAUAAUAGAGGUCUGAGGGCGUUCGAACAUUAUGAGUGUACCUUUUUUGCUGUUCCAGAAUGGAACGUAAAUUUAGAUUACGAGACGGGAACUAAAUUUGUACGAGCGCUGGUACUUCCAACGAUAAUGGUUUCUCUUUUUCAUUUGAGAUAAAACAUAAGAAACAAUUCAUUGUCCUUUAUCUUGAAGAUAGGCGACAGCACACUUCAAGCAUGAUCGACAAACGCUUGCAAUCGUUUGAUAAAUUAAAUUAAAAUAAAAUAAUACUGGUACACGUGUGGGAUUUUUACGACACUGGGGGUUAAUUAUAUACGUAUAAUAUACAUACUACAUAAACAAACAAACACACACAUCUCUAUAGUUUUAUGCUAUAAAAACACCUGGACACUUUUCUAAACGGUCGUCUUUUUAUUGCAAUCUCCUCGUAUAAGUUUACUUGAAAGUUAUAACUGGACUUUGUAUAGUUUUCUUCAAUUCUAUUGCUAACCAAUUGUCCUAGAAGCAAAGCAUUAUAGAUUAGUAUUAUUAAUUUGUCGUCUCUGUCGUGUUUUCUUCGUCGUAUUGUUAAUUUAAAAGAUUUAAAAAAUUUAGAACGUUAAUUAGAAUCUUCUAUUACCUUAAUAAUCUCUCAUUCUAUUUUCUUUUGCUUUUUAUAUAUAUAUACACAUAGUCAUAUUAUAAUAGUUUACAUUUGAUAUGCGAGGAAAAAAACAUUUCAAUUAUUCGAUUACAGAUGAUGGUCUAUUUUCAUAAAACGUUCGAUGAUUCGAUCGAAUAAAAUCGCUGGUAUUAUUUCCUUCGAGGCUUGUAAAUAUUCUAACAUGCUUUGCCUUUUAAGUACUUUUCGAACAAAUAAGAUACGUUUCAAUGAUGCAGAAUGUAUCUGUAAAACUAAAAAUCUUGUGAUUUACUUAUAAACGUUUCAAACAAUGAAGAAAGAAAAGAUUAGUUUUGUUAUAUUUAAAAAAACGAAUUAAUUUCUGAUACAUAUCACCAGAAAAAUGUGUGAAUAGGUGAAUGAAAAUAAGUAACAAGUAAGCUUAAUCUAAUAGCCACUUACCUCAGUGUCGUUAAUUAUUAUUUUAUAAAAAGGCAUAUUUCAAAAUAUUAGAGUUAGCAUGCUAUAUUUAAGACCAAUCAGCUAUGUAACACUACAAUCUCUUGUGCGCAUGCGCUGAAACUACGUAUUCUUUUUCCCUUCUUAUCUCUUUGUUUUCACUAUUUUUUGUCUGUAGAUCUAAUUGUAUUUAAUUUGUUGUUCUCCUUUUAUUUCUCUCGUCAACCUCCUACACCUUCUCCGCUUAAUUUUCUGUUCAUUACACAAACGCGUAUGUACUUUAUUGCACUUAUUGUCUGUGUUCUUUUGAAACCGCACGAGAUCGCGACGCCAUCUCGUCUGUAUUUAUUUUUCUUGUUAAAACUCUAAUGUGAUAUUGAUAUUAAAUACCAUUCGAUUUAACACUAAUGAUUUAGAUUAAAUUUAAAGAGGAAAGGAAAAAACAAGUUCGAAAUUUAAAAAAUGAAAAAACUUUCAUAAUUUUCGUGAGAACUUAUUCGUCUUCUGCGUAAGAUUAAUUAUUCAUCUUUAGAACCAUGUAAUUCGUAAAAUUAUAUUUUUGACUAAUAUAAAAUAAUGGCAACAAAUCGGUUCGACUAACGCCAAAUUGUAAUUGUUUCUGACCUAUGUAACUUUCUUUAGGGAGUUAUUAGCGACGACAUUAUUGCCCAUUUUACGUCUAUUUAAACAUUUCAAAUUCUUGGCUGUGUCUAGCGAAGCAUGCGGUAUAUUGAAUGUUAAGUCUAAAAGGUUAGGCAUUUAUAUUUAGUCCGAGACAAAUCGAAUGAACGUUUAGAAAAAAAAAAGGAGAAAAAGAGAAAAAAAGAACCGGGAGGAAAAGUUUUAAAGGAAUACAGCCAAUAACAGGCGUAUGCAUACUUGUGCGCAUAUGCACCACUCUUGGUGGUUUACGAUGAUACGAAUUUCUAAUACGCUUACGCGCAUGCGUGUUAUACCGCGUUUUUAUUUCGUGCAUUCGACGUAUCGGUACGCAUGCGUGCUAUACUAUCGAUGUGCACACAGGUGUCACAGGGGUAUCUAGUAUAUUUUACGUCCGUGUAUGCAAGUGUAUAUACGUGUUACAAUUAAUUGGUGCGUGAAUUAGUUGAGGUUUCUCGGUGGUCAGUUUACGUAUUUCGAGCGCAUGCGUACACACGCGCCAGUAGGAAAACGUACACAUAUGCGCAUACUCUUCUCUUUCGGGAUGAAUCGUUUUCCCCUCUUUUUCUUGAAUACACACGCGUGUGCAUUUGGGGCAUGUGCCAUUUAUUAAUUUGAUAAUAACAAGAGGACGGGAAAAAAAAUAAACAUGUGACGUGGAUAAGAAAAAAUUCUAACCACAAUAACUAUUACAAACGGAAUAAAUUUAGUCAAAACAGAAGGCUCUUGAUAACUCGAAACUUGUUAACGAAUGUGUCUUUACGGAGGAAAGAUUGAUAUAAAUACUUGAAUUUAUUUUAGGAAAAGAACGAUUAAAAUACAUUUGAAAUAGUUAAUUUAUAUGUUUCUUUGUAUUUUUAACGCAUAACGUUUUAAUAAUGUAUUACUAUGAAUAUUGUUCUUAUAAUUGUAAAUUUGAUUUCUCAAGUCACUAAAUUUAAUGGUAAACAAAGUUUUAGAAAUAUUUUAUAUAGUCAUACAAGAAAGUGGCGCAAUAUGGCGAAUAGCCAACGAUGCCGGUGAAAUUGACAUAAACAGUUAUACAUACAUAAAUAGUUUUAUGUUCGACAAUUUUGUUAUAAUAUAUAAAGAAUAUUAGGUGUAAUGCAAUAUUAACAGAGAUAAAUGAUAUUAUUAAACAUCGUUAUAAAACCUUUCCUUUUAAUUAAUCUUUUAAAUGAUUAAACUUUCGCAUACCUAUGCUCAUUGCGUUGCAAUCUAUUAGUAAUAAUUAUAUCCCUAUAGUCUGAUUUGUUUUAAUUGUGAUACAGUAUUAUUUAAAGGUCGUGAAUGCGUGUGUUCAAAUUUUAAUUACUCUUCUUCAUCUUUUCUCCCCUUCCUCCAACAGAACUCUACAGUUCUUUGUAUUUCUGCAAGAAAUAUAAACGAAAUGUGCUUAGAAAAUCGAUUUUAAUAUAUGUCCGAAAAUGUAAGCCAACUGUUAUUUUUAUCUGAAAUGUUAAAUGUUAAGGUAAACGUUAAUAUCUUUCUCUUUCCUUUUACGUCUUACGCACCUCGCUGAGUAUGAUCGAAAUAUAGCUUUUUCUCGAUAUGUUGGAAACGCGAGAACUCCGAGAACUAACCUUUCAUAAAUCUUCCCCAAAGAUUUCGUUGGUUGUCGUGAUUAUUACUUAGAGUUGUACAUAUAUGUAGUGAUUUGAAACGUUCGUAUCAACAAGUUUGAUUAAAACGAUUGUUCGAAAUUUUAUUCGAAAAUUCAAAAUAAUACGAAUAGCAAAGAAAUGUAAAAAGAUAAGGAAUAGCGUUUCACUUGUAAUAUCAGGGAAAUAUAUGGACUUAAAAUAUGCGGAAGACCGGAAUAUUAAAUUUUAUGAUUCUGUUGUAAUAGAUUUUGAAAAAUAGAAAAGUAUUUGAAUAAAUUUGAAAAUUUGAAAAUCGUUUCGAGAUAAACGACAUAUUUCUUUUUUGUUGCCUAAAUACGAAAUUAUUGAUGGUGAAUGUAAAUAAAUUUGGAAAGAGAGAGCAAAAUUCCUCGAAAUAUUUCGCACAAUUUUCGAACCGGAACUUAACCUAAACUAAUCGAGUCAGAAAAGUAAUUGAAAGAACGAAAGUAUUUUUCGAGUAUUUUCCAAAUCGAAAUGAACUUGAAAAAUUCCGGAACCUUUCGUAAGGGUUUCUUGGAAAGACAUAAUCGAAAUUAGAACAUGUGGCAAAUAACCUAUAAAGUUAAAAAAGAAAUAUAACUAAGUCUAGAUGCCUAAUAGUAAUUAACGAUAUGUAUCUGGUCGUUAUUCGGCGGUUAACAUAUCCAUGAAUUAUAAAUAAGUAUGAUUCCCAUUCUUUUUCCGUGAAUAUUAUUUAUUAGUUAAUCGUGACCAAUUAAAUUUUGAACAUACGGAAACUGAAAUGUUUGUACAUACGAAGUGAUCAGGGCCAAAUAAUUCAGAUUUAAUGUACAAUCUAUAGAUGAUAUUUUCACUUAUUAUGAAUGUAAGCAUGUGAAAUUUUAAAUGAAGCUUUUACGCACAUUUAUUGUCUAAUCUAGUUAUGAAGUUAAUUUAAUACGUGUUUGUAAGAUGCUGUUUUUUUAAAUUAAUUAUAUACGUAUAAUAUAAAUAUACAUUGAAGAAAUAUACGAAAAACGCUGAUUUCAUAAGAUAUUAGGAAAAAGUCGAAGACGAAGUAAUUUCUCUGUUGUAAAAAAUGAACGAGCGAGAAAAGAUUAAAAAAAAAAAUAAAAAAAUGGCUGCAAUGCGCGUUUUGCAACCUAGGACCAUUCAAUGAACAUGGAAGUGCCAUGCACUGAUUUCGUAAUUAGCAAACAUGGAAGGUUCUAAAGAUAUUACAGAAAGUUAGUGUCAUGUUAUUUGUUAGAUUUAGGAGAAGUACCCCUUGUGCACACGCUUCGAAAGAGAACAGCAUCCCGAAAGGGGUUCUAAAUGAAAAGAAAAGAAAACGAAGUGAAAAUCGAGGUCCGAGGAGUAAAGUUUAAACUUGUCAUUUUUAACUAUUAACAUGUGAACCACAUAGGAAAGAAGGAUAGUAAAUAUAGUAAAUACUGGGACACACGCAGGCACGCACGUACGAGCGCGCGCGCAAUACACACAUGAACACACGCACAUACAUACAUACAUACUUAUUAAUAAUUUAGGAUUUAUCAAUGAUAAAAAAAAAGUGAACAGACAUUUAUGUAUACAUUGUUCGUCUACACGUAUACACACUACAUGCUGCGUACACGUAUAUGUGUAUGCAUAUUUGUGGAUAAUAUAACCCUACGCAUCCACAGAAACGUAUACACGUACACACAGACACCCGCCCACACACACAUACACAUACACACAUACAGUUAUAUAUUACGAUAAUAUAUAUAUAUAAAUAUAUAUAUAAAUAUAAGAAAGCAUUUUGAAGAGAGUACUAAUUAAUAAGGUGAUUAAUUAUUGUAAAAAAAUGACUACUGAUUAAUGCAACAAAGUGGACUAAUUCGCGAGUAACCUCUAUUCCUAACAAUAAUGAAAAAUUAAUUAAUUUUAGAUAGAUUAAUAAUAAACUAACAAUAAUGAAUUAAUAAUUAAUGAAAUAAAUAUUAGGUAUUAACAGUAAUAAUGAUCGUAAUGUUCAUUAAGAUGCGAUAUAAUGCUAAUAACAAUAAUAUAAAAAUAGAGAUGAGAAGAAGAAACGGUACGAAAUAAUAGAUAUAAAAUGUUAGUUAUUACAAUUUUGCGAUUUUCAUUGUCUAACGGUAUUGAGAGAUAUAUUCACAAGUAGCGUAGUAUUCUAACGACUCUGAUGGUGAAGCUUAGUGUAAGAUUUCCAAAUGAUCGGGUGAAUAUUGUAUGCGUGGGAGGGGGUAGGAGGUUAUGGAGUAUAAUAACGAUUACAGUGACGAAUGACGUUUACGAUGACAAUGACGUUGAACAUGGUUCUGCGGAGUUUUGUGUUUACCUUCUACUUAAAUGUUGUUCAAGAAUUUUUCACCAAUGAAUUUUCUCUGGUACCUUUUUCUUCGUCUAGUAACUUUUCUUUACGUCCAAGUUAUUAGCGUCAGUAACAUUACAAUGAGAACCUAAUACAUACGUUUAUACGAGCGCAAGCUUUUUAAAAAUACUAUAUUUCCUUCUAUUCUUUGUUUCUUUCCUUCAGUUUUCCACUAGAAAUUAUUCAUAGCGAAAUACUACGAUAGCGCGUCGAAGUCUGUGAACAGCGUUUCAAGAUCGGUGAUGUUCCUCGAAUUGUUUGUUUGUUUGUUUGUUCGUUCGUUUUAUUCUAAUUUAGGAAUACAUUUUGAUCGAUUUCACGAUGAAGAAUACGUGACAUGUAUACUUCUAUUCUUAGUCUUUUUAUAUUUGACUUUUUUUUUUUCUUACAACGAUUGUUGAACGUUGACGAUCGACGAGUAGAUUCAUCAUUUGUUACGAAACUUCGCUAGAGAUAUUUUUUUAAAUUUUCGAAUUAAUUUUUUUGGACAUCAUUUUUUCAAAGAAGCGUCAUGUUACACAUAUCAGAGUCUGAUGAACAUCGAAAAAGAAGAUUGGUUUUCUACUCGAUUUUAAUCGAACAAUGUCACAAAAGUGCUUUGGGCGCGUGAAAAUUCACAAUACGAGUUAAUAGUUCCACAUAACCUAGAAAAUGGUGUGUCCUUCGUUUCUUGCCAGAAAGAGAAAAAAGGCCAGAAAGAAUUCAAAGUGGAAAAUGUAUAGGAUAAUUGAAUGUCGCGUGUUUUAAGUACACACAUUACAUCCAUAUAGCACGCAUACACGCCCACACACAUAGGAACACACAUACAUAUAAACAUAUACACACAUGAACAGACACACAAAUCGAAUCAAAGGGCGAAAAGCUUUCUCAAACUAACGGAAAGAUAUUUGUUGUGAUAAUAAAUAUUGAAUAUAUAGCUGUUUUAGGGUAUGAAUCAUUACUAUAAAAGAUUAGAAUUUAAAUAAAUGCGCCGGGUUAGUGUGGAGAAGUGAAUUUUCAAAAGCCUCGACUUUUUCUACUCGAGAAAAGGUUCGCGCUCACGCUCAUGCACGCUGAACGAACCUAAUCCCAUUUUCUACCUGCGUCUCUGUAUGUGUGUUGAUUGUGAUGAAGGACGAAAAUUUUUCUUGUGGAAGAUACACUCUCGUAUCGUGUGUACGUAUUUAAAUAUGCUUGUUAAACGAAGAAAAAACAAAAAAAAAAAAAAAAAAAAGAUAACAA